GUUCCUCCAUUCUUGACAACCCCAGUCCUAGCCUGGAGUUAUCGAGAUUAGAAGGCAGCGUUCCUCUCCUCCAGAUAUAGGAUCUUCUUUUGUCUAUUGAGGGAACGGAAAGUAAUUAUCGCAACAUAGUCGAAUAAUGGCGCGCCCCCGUCGCUCAACGCGCCUGGCCGCGAAUGCUGCUUCGGAGGAAUCAACCCUUCCUAAGCAGGAGCUCGGCUCGGUGGAAGAGACUGAUGAGACCACUCCCGUCGAGAAGACCCCGGCGAAGAAGAGCAAGCUUCCCAAGAGCAGCAGGUCAGCCAGAGGCAGAGCAGUAAAAAUCCAACCAGCGGAGAGCAGCCCAUCGCGUGCCCAUGACACGGCUAAGGAUGAGGCCCAUGCGGCUUCCUCCCCUUUCCCGCGAACUCCGGCAUCGUCUGCCAUCAAGCCACCAGCAACAGAGAUGCAUCCCGAGCACUACCACGCUUCUACCGCCGCUCCUUCCUCUGCUUUGCACCUUGGAUUCUCAGACAUCAAUCCCGCAGGCCCCCUGAACUCAUCACCUACCAUGGAGGUGACGCAGAGGGCAGCAGCGGCACCGUCGCGCAGGACCAGCACAGUACCAUCAGCGCCAUUCACUUUCCAUCUUGAAAACCCAAACGCUGCAACUGGAGGCCUCAGUGAGCGUACUAAAGCACUCCUCGAAGAUAUGCGUGGCGACAUUGAGCAGAUCGCGGCGGAUCUCAGGGCUAAGCGUGACCAGGAGAAGGCGGAGGCGGAGGCAAACGGACGCAAGAUCGCCUCGGCCAAGGGAAAACGUGGUCGAUUCAGUGACGUACACUGGAAGGAACUUCAGAAGAUGGACUCGAUUGUCAAUCACCCCAGCGUCCAACGCUACAAGACGAUGAAUAGCAACGGCAGUAGCAGCAGCAUCGCUGGUAAUGUCUCGACCAGUCCGGCUCAAUUGACCAAGGGCAUCAAGAGAACGCAAUCCAAAGCAAACCUCAACGACUCGGAACCUCGUAGGGGUACUGUGACUGCUGAGUCCUCUAGGAAGCCGCCCGCAAAGUUUCCCAUCUCACCCGCCAAGCGGCAAAAUGGUCUUUUCGGGGGCGGCAGCGAUGAGGUGCCUCAGUCCGCAGUCAAGCGGGCAAGACAGCGUAUUGAGGACGAUGCAUCUACUGCUCGGCCUGUAUCAAGAGAUGCCAGUAGCAUUCCACGGCCGACUACCGCCGGCAGGGAAGGCCCAGGCCUCCCGCGAUCUCACACCACGGUGCCGGCGUUGAUGACUCCAACAAAAUCAUCUCUGGCCCGAUCUGCCGCCUCGGCGGCAAAGCCAGGCCCGAGCGGGACCCUCACUGCUCCCGCACCACCAGGACGUCUCAAGACAUCUGCAAGCAACAGCAGUUUGGCCAUGGCGUCCAAGAUUGCGGUACCAGUCCGGUCACCCAGCCGAUUCGAUAGGAUCAAAUCGAUGCUUCGAGGAGUGCAGAAAGAUGAUAGCCCCAAACCUGGUAGCGCCCUGCCUGUGCCAAGGGCUUCUGGUCUUAAAACACCCUCCGCUUCUAACCUCGAGAAGCCACUACCUGCAGUGCCGGCAACUACUCCUUCUCGCAAGCUUAUGAAGCGUGUGGUCUUCACUCCGGAUUCCAAGAAGCCCGUCACUUUUCUGGGAAAUGAUCGCACCCCUUCUCCGCUGAAGUCAAUUUUGAAGUCGGGCUUGCCCCGGUCGAAAACGAUGGGCAAGCUACCCGAAGUACACUAUCCGAAUCUAGACACAGUCAUGGAUGAAGGUGAAGGCCAGGAAAGCAGCGUGCCCGCGGUACAAUAUCCGGAUUUGCAAACUCUGACAGAUGGACCCCCCGAUCUUACGACGACCUCAGAGACUGAUGGUCUCGGUUCGGCGGUGCCUGGAACAUUUACUUUUAGAAGCGAUCACACGAUCGAGUUCGGUGGCACCUCGCCUGUCGGCUUCGGCGGCUCUCGCGGUCAGUCCAGUGUGAGGCAUGUUCGGCAGUCAAUCAUGCCUUCGCAGAGCUCCAUGGCGAUGCCCGGUAGCUUUCCGGACUCAGUGACCGAGUUCACUAACGGAGGCGGUGGUAACUCUGGCCAGCGCGAAAACAAGGAGAACCGUGCCCCGUCAGCAUUCCUGCCUGCCGUAAAGCAUGGUCUUGGUAACAAGAAGCGCCAUCGUGCGGACUCGGAUGAUGAAGACGAGGUCUUUGAGGAACGGGCAACCAAGAGGGCACGUCAAAUUGAGGACGGCGAAGCUCUUUUUGGCUCAAGCCGUGGUGCCAAGGGGUCGGUCAGUGUGCCCCCUAAGGCUCGCAAACAGCAUCCGAGAACGAUGUUGUACAGCUCGCCCAAGAAGCCUUCAGAGUUUCCCGGGGUUGGUACUAAAACCCCAUCCCCCGUGAAGAGGUCGGGCAUAAGUCUCAGUCGCCUUUCCAUGCUUGCACGUCCCAAAAUGCGAAAAUGAGAUAAUUUUUGCUCGCGCGACAUGUCUCUCGAGAGGCUCUAAUUUGUCCGGGUCUUCAAUGACGAUUAGACCGCCGUAAGCCGAAUUGCUUACGACUGAGCGACGCUCAGGGAGUCAGUCCUUUGUCAUCAACAGAACGGUGUAAUCUGUGCCGUUCGUGCAGUCUUUUUGCACUUUCUAGAAUGUCUAAAUACUUUGGUUCUAUUUUUCUUCACUUUAAAAAUCGUAAGAACCCCUUUCCCUGGACAUGUCAUCAGCAUGGUGUGACCAGCGGGCGGAAAGGGUCAGACUGCGAGGUUCCGCACAGGCUUUGUUUGGGUUAUGGUUUCUUUUUGUUGUUCGCCUCUACGAUAGGUGAUGGGUUGGGCAGGUCAUGGAGUUUAUUUGAAAAAUGAACACAAAAAAGCAGGCAACAACUUGUUUGAUGGCAGAGACAUUUAGAAGAGGAGGCUAGGGUCGACCACUGAGACUUUUUAUCUUGGUUCUAACCGAAUCUCCUGUUCUCUGCUUAAAUGUUCAGCUACUGCGUCUCUUUGUUUGUUGGAUUAUGUUUCAGGGAAGCCCUUGGGAUUUUGGGAUCGCUGGUAUAUUUCUCUUGCAUUUAUUUAUGGUCGAGUGUACAUCAUUAUCUCGCGUUUGGUCGGGUCGGUCUAGGAAAAUCGCAAAGCAUUUAUGCUUCGUUCUUAAUUCAGCGCGCCUUUUGGCCGUCGUUAACAAGCUGUACAGCUGCCUCUCUUUCUGUAUGAUAUGCUACCCGUGCAAUAAGAG